UACUUGUCCAGUUCUGUUUUCAUUGCCCAAUUCAUUAUCAUCAUUUUUCUUUCCUUAGUUACCACCACACAAUUCAUAUUGACUCAUUAGCUUCGUUUAUUUGAUUAUAUCCAAUGGGAACUUCUACUAAUAAUAACGACUCUUCUAAUGAUAUUCCAUGUUCUUACAUUCCCGUGCCGGAUAGCCUUGAUGCGGCUGGGGCUAUGGCAGAGCCGCGGAGACAGGUGAAGGGGUUGCUUGUGAUCCUUUGUGGGCUUUUAGUACUUUUUUUAUUGGUGGCCUUCAAUGGGUCUUAUAGGGGAUCCAAUAAUGCGCAUGAACAAGCGUCAUUGGCAGCAGCAUUAACCAGCAUUGUUGACGAAAAAUCUACAUCAUCAGAAACAGUGCCUUCUUCUUCAACAUGGUCUCGCGGUGUGUCUGCUGGUGUGUCGGAGAAGUCCAACUGGCUUUUCAGCAGCAACAAUGGUGAAAUGUAUCCAUGGAACAAUAGCAUGUUGUCGUGGCAGAGAACAGCUUUUCAUUUUCAGCCUGAGAAGAAUUGGAUGAACGAUCCUAAUGGUCCACUAUACUACAAGGGAUGGUAUCACUUCUUCUACCAGUACAAUCCAAACGCAGCUGUAUGGGGAGACAUAGUUUGGGGACACGCCAUCUCAAGGGACUUGAUUCACUGGCAACACCUUCCACUUGCUAUGGUUGCUGACCAAUGGUACGACAAGAACGGCGUUUGGACCGGCUCCGCCACCAUCUUACCCAACGGCAAAAUCAUCAUGUUGUACACUGGUUCCACCAACGAGUCAGUGCAGGUUCAAAACCUUGCAUACCCUGCUGAUCCAUCUGAUCCCCUCCUCAUCGAUUGGGUCAAGUACCCUUCCAACCCUGUCUUGUUCCCUCCACCUGGCAUUGGUGCAACUGACUUUCGUGACCCAACCACCGCUUGGCUUACCUCCGAAGGCAAGUGGCGUAUCACCAUUGGAUCCAAGCUUAACAAAACUGGCAUUGCUUUGGUUUAUGACACCCUGGACUUCAAGACCUACGAGCAGAUAGAGGGCUUCCUUCGUGCUGUUCCUACAACCGGCAUGUGGGAGUGUGUUGACUUUUUCCCUGUUUCCAAGGAGGUUGAGAAUGGCUUGAACACUUCUGUUAAUGGGGCGGGUGUGAAGCAUGUCAUGAAGGUUAGUUUGGAUGAUGACAGGCAUGAUUACUAUUCAAUUGGCAGCUAUGAUGAGAAGAAUGUCAAGUUCAUACCAGAUGAUGUUGACAACGAUGUUGGUGUUGGAUUGAGGUAUGAUUAUGGUGUGUUCUAUGCGUCCAAAACUUUCUUUGAUGAUAGCAAGAGAAGGAGAGUGUUGUGGGGUUGGAUUGGAGAGUCUGAUGCUGAAUAUGCUGAUGUUGCCAAAGGCUGGGCUUCACUUCAGGGUAUUCCGAGAACAGUGACACUUGAUACGAAAACAGGUAGCAACUUAAUUCAAUGGCCUGUUGAAGAGGUGGAGAGCUUGAGACUGAGAAGCGAUGAGUUUAAGGAUUUGAAGGCAAAGCCAGGAUCCGUGGUCCCAAUAGAUGUUGGGACAGCUACACAGCUUGAUAUUGUAGCUGAAUUUGAGAUUGAAAAGGAAGAGUUGGAGAAGGCAACAAGCGAGUCUAAUGUGGACUACUACAGUUGCGAGAGCAGCGGUGGAGCAGCACAUCGUGGUGCCUUGGGACCUUUUGGUCUUUUGGUUCUUGCAGAUGAUGGGCUUUCCGAGUACACUCCUGUGUACUUCUAUGUGAUUAAAGGAAGUGAUGGAAAUCUCAAGACUUCAUUCUGCUCCGAUCAGUCAAGGUCGUCUGUGGCAAGCGAUGUAGUAAAGAAAACAUUUGGAAGCUUGGUUCCAGUACUUGAAGGUGAGAAGUUUUCUGUGAGGAUAUUGGUGGACCAUUCAAUAGUGGAAAGCUUUGCGCAAGGUGGAAGGACCACGGUGACAUCAAGGGUGUACCCAACAAGGGCAAUCUAUGGAGCUGCUAGGUUGUUCUUCUUCAAUAAUGCAACUGCUGCUUCUGUUACUGCUUCACUCAAAGUUUGGCAGAUGAAUUCUGCAUUCAUAAGACCUUACAACCCUGACCAGACCAACUAAUAUUCAGGGAUACUAGCUUUGGCAUGCAAAACAAGACAUCAAUUCUGUUUCAUGGGAAGCCUUAUUUUUUGUACUUCGCUCCGUUACUUACUUUCUGUAAAUGAUUAUAUUUGCAAUAUCAUCUUUCUUUUGCUUUUGUUUCUUUA